AUGCACCUUUCCUCUGACGUCUAUGAUCAGUUGUGGCGUUUUGAUCACGAGGCACUUCCAGCUGACUUGAUAAGCAGGGGUAUGGCUGUUAAAGAUCCUACUGAACCACAUGGUUUGAAACUAACAAUCGAGGACUAUCCAUUUGCAAACGACGGUCUACUCCUUUGGGAUGCCAUCAAACAGUGGGUUACGUCUUUUGUCAACAACUACUACCCACAAGCAAGUCUCGUAGCAUCUGAUGAAGAGCUUCAAGCAUGGUGGCAUGAGAUUCGAACAGUUGGGCAUGGCGAUAAGAAAGAUGAACCAUGGUGGCCACAACUCAAAACCCAUGAUGAUUUGAUUGGAAUCGUGUCAACUAUCAUAUGGGUUACUUCUGGCCAACAUUCAGCUGUGAACUUCGGACAAUACGAGUAUGCUGGUUAUUUCCCUAACCGGCCAACCAUCGCUAGAACCAAGAUGCCUAACGAUGACCCAACAGAUAAAGACUGGCAGAUAUUCCUAGACCGGCCUGAGGCUGCGUUGUUGAAAUGCUUCCCUUCCAAAUCGCAAGCUACCACAGUCAUGGCAGUUCUAAACGUUUUAUCGACUCAUGCCACUGAUGAGGAGUACAUCGGUAAAACUGCAGAGGGUCCAUUUGAGGCGGAGCCAGCUAUAAAGGUCGCAUAUGAAGAGUUUCGUGAAAGGAUUAAUGAGAUGGAACGCACCAUAGAGAAAAAUAAUGCCAAUCGCAAUUUAAGAAACCGAAGUGGUGCAGGGUUGGUUCCAUACAAGCUUCUCAAGCCUUCUUCGGCACCUGGUCCUACCGGAGAAGGUGUUCCAAACAGCAUCUCCAUCUAGUUCACUCAUUUCAUGCAAUAAAGCUUUUCGAGAUGACCGAUGCUACAUUAAUAAGAUUACUAAGUAUGUUGUUGUGUUUGUUUGUCUUGUCCCUAGUGUUGUUGUUAACAACACGAGUAGU